UCAGACUUGUUUUAACAGUGUCCGGUAGCAUCUAAAAAAACCUAACCGGGUAGAGAACCGUUUUAACGGUGUCGGCGACGCGCGCUUUCUUCCCCGCGGCAUCCGGUAUCAUAUAGGCAUAGAAAUUUAUUUUUAAAUAUUCUGAUUUUUCUUUCCAAUUUCUAUUUCCGUCCAAUUCUCUUUCCUUUCUUUCUUUCUUUCUUGUCAAUUGUCACACCCAUUCAAUUCAAGCGUUUUGUUUAGAGAAUCCGGUUGAGAUAGAUCGAAUCGGAUCGGCUUCCAAUGGCGGCAGCGAAUAGCCUUCGGAUGCUCCAGGCACAGCCUGCCAACAAGAUCUGCGUCGAUUGCUCCCAGAAGAAUCCUCAAUGGGCUUCCGUAUCCUACGGGGUCUUCAUGUGUCUCGAAUGCUCCGGCAAGCAUCGGGGCCUCGGCGUCCACAUCUCUUUUGUCCGAUCUGUCACCAUGGACUCCUGGUCCCAGAUCCAGAUUAAGAAAAUGGAGGCCGGUGGCAACGACCGGCUCAACGCAUUUUUGGCUCACUAUGGCAUCCCUAAGGAAACCGAUAUCGUCGUCAAAUACAAUACAAACGCUGCCAGCAUCUAUCGCGACCGGAUCCAGGCUCUAGCCGAGGAUCGCUCGUGGAGGGACCCACCCGUUGUCAAGGAGGUCGUAGGUGGCAGCAAAAAGAAGCCACCAUUGGCACAGAGUGGCGGUUAUCAAGGGAAUAACGCAGGAUGGGACAAUUGGGACAAUGACGACGGGUUUAGAUCUUCCAAUGACAUGAGGAGGAACCAAUCGGUGAGUGAUUUUAGAGGCGGGAGAGCCGGCGGUGCAGCGGGAGGCGCACCUGUGAGGUCAAAGUCUACCGAGGAUAUAUACACGCGUUCACAACUGGAGGCAUCUGCAGCUAAUAAGGAGAGCUUUUUCGCGAGGAGGAUGGCCGAGAAUGAAGGUCGACCCGACGGGAUCCCUCCCUCUCAAGGGGGUAAAUAUGUGGGAUUCGGAUCGAGUGCUGCGCCUCCGCAGAGGAAUGAUUCGUCCGGGGAUAUGCUUUCUGCUGUUUCACAGGGAUUUGGUAGGUUAUCUUCGGUUGCUGCAUCUGCCGCUCAACAGGCAGCCAAUGUGGUCCACGCAGGAACAAUGGAGCUCACCUCUAAGGUGAAGGAAGGUGGCUAUGAUUACAAGAUGAAUGAAACUGUUAAUGUUGUCACUGCAAAAACAACAGAGAUUGGACAAAGGACAUGGGGCAUUAUGAAAGGGGUCAUGGCAAUGGCCUCUCAAAAGGUUGAAGAGUACGCUAAAGAAGGCGUGAACUUCAAGGCAGAUAAUUGGCAACAGAAUGACGGUGAGAGAAAUGGAUAUUAUCAGGAAUUUAAACAGGAGAACAAAGGCUGGAAUUCUCCCGCUGGUGGACAGUCCUCAUUGAGUGGGCAUUAUAACUCUCAUAGCUCAAGCUCUUGGGAUGAUUGGGACCCGAAAGAUAAGAAGGAAAGUACUGCUGGAGGAGAGGCGGCUUCACAAAAUAACGAUGGUUGGGCUGGCUGGGAUGAUGCGAAAGAUGAUGGAUUCGAUAACUUGUACCAGAGCACCUCUGACAAGAAGGCUGUUGGGCACAAUGGAAAAUCUGAUGACGCAUGGACAGGAGGAGGCUUCCUUUAGUUGAGCAUUUUUGUGGAGAUAACAACUUAUAGUCUUGUGGAAGCAUUUGUGUCCCAAAACAUGGCGGUUAGUAUUCAAAUUGAUGUCUUGCAAACUAGUAAAUACGAUGGAACUGAACUUGUGCCGAACAGCUUGAAGAAUUAGUUGGCUUACUGUAUAAUCACAUCAAGGAAGAGAUGCCUUUGUUGAGGCAAUUCAAUUCUUACGGUUUCUCCUCUGAAGAAAUUUACUGGGGAGGUCUGCCUCCGCCUAUUGAGAGUAGUUU